AUGGCUAAGAAAGGAGAAACAGUUACCCAGGAACAGAUCACAACGCAGGAAGGUGUCAAACUCUACAGAAACACCCUCAACUACAACGUCAUAAGCAGAUACGACCCAGCCAUAAAACAACUACUCUGCCACACGUCACAUUGUGUGAUCUACAAGUUCAACGAAAACAACGAAGAAUGGGUCAAGUCAGAUUACCAGGGCACAUUGGCUUUAUAUGUGCGAGAUUUCAAGGUUCCACCAGCCAAUGCCCAGCCAACAUAUAGCGACCUUCAGGAAUUGUUCUGCUACGGGCUUAUUCUCAUGAACAGAAACAACCCCGAAUGUUUUUCCUUGGGUUUGCUCCCUAACAAAAUCACGAAACACUACUUUCCACAUGGAGUCGACGACAAAGGAGUUCUUGAGAUGGACGUAGAAUUGAAUGACAAUCUUAUCAUAGUUAGGAACUUGUUAGGAGAGAUUUACGGGUUGUGGGUGUUUAACGAGGAGGACCGUACUAAGAUGUACAAGUCUCUUGACUUCUGUUUGAACUCAGAGUCGACUGCCGUGUAA